AUGGCACCUAAGGGGAAAUACGCCAGUAAAUUUAGCUGGUUCUCAGCAAGAACAAGCACGGCAGGAUUAAGAGGCAGAAAACUUAGAGUCGCCAUUGCCCUCGUUUCCACUUGUGGAUUCUCGUUGUUUGGCUAUGAUCAAGGUUUAAUGUCCGGGUUGAUCUCCGGUGAUCAGUUUAAUUACGAGUUUCCUCCUACAAAAGAUAAUGCUACUAUCCAAGGUGCCGUGACUUCAUGUUACGAGUUGGGUUGUUUCUUUGGCGCUAUAUUUGCCAUGUUUAGAGGUGACGCCAUUGGCAGAAAGCCCAUUAUAGUGAUGGGUUCCUUGAUCAUCAUUAUUGGUACUGUUAUCUCCACCGCUGCAAUUAAGCCAUACUGGCAAACAGGUCAGUUUGUUAUCGGAAGAGUCGUUACUGGUAUCGGUAACGGUAUGAACACCGCGACUAUCCCCGUUUGGCAAUCCGAGUUGUCGCGUCCAGAGAAUAGAGGUAAGUUGGUGAAUAUGGAAGGUGCCGUGGUUGCUAUUGGUACCUUUUUGGCCUACUGGAUCGAUUUCGGUUUUUCAUACAUCAACAGCUCGGUGCAGUGGAGAUUCCCCGUUGCGUUCCAAAUCGUGUUUGCCUUGAUCUUGUUUUUCGGGAUCACCCACUUGCCAGAGUCGCCUCGUUGGUUGAUUGCUCACGAUCGGAAACCGGAGGCGUUUGAAGUGUUGGGAUACUUGAAUAACAUCGCGCCCGACUCCGACGAAGUCAUUGCUGAAGCUUCGGCCAUUAUCGAUACCGUCAAGAGAUUUGCCAAUGCUCAAACCGGGUUCAAAGACUUGUUCACGGGUGGUAAGUCCCAGCACUUCCAAAGAAUGCUCAUUGGUGCAUCUACCCAGUUUUUCCAACAAAUCACCGGAUGUAACGCAGCUAUUUACUACUCCACGUUGCUUUUCUACCAAACCAUUUUCAACUACUCCAAAUAUAGAUUAUCGAUGAUCCUUGGUGGUGUCUUUGCCACAAUCUAUGCCCUUGCCACCAUCCCUUCGUUCUUCCUCGUGGAAACCUUGGGUAGAAGAAAAUUGUUCCUUAUUGGUGCCACGGGCCAAGCCAUCUCAUUCACCAUUUCCUUUGCAUGUUUGGUCAAGGACACCGAACAAAACGCCAAAGGUGCCGCCGUUGGAAUCUUUUUGUUCAUUGUGUUUUUCGCAUUUACCACCUUGCCCUUGCCAUGGUUGUACCCACCAGAAAUCAACCCCAUGAGAACAAGAACCACCGCUUCUGCCGUGUCCACCUGUACCAACUGGUUGAUGAAUUUUGCCGUUGUCAUGUUUACCCCAGCAUUUAUCGAGAAAUCGGGUUGGGGUUGCUACUUGUUCUUUGCCUGCUGGAACUACGCUUUCAUCCCCGUGAUUUUUUUCUUUUACCCCGAGACCGCAGGGAGAUCAUUGGAGGAAAUCGACAUCAUCUUUGCUAAGGCCUACGUGGAAAAGAGACAGCCUUGGAGAGUUGCCGCCACCAUGCCCAAAUUGUCAUUACAAGACAUUGAGGACGAAGGUAGGAACUUGGGUCUUUACGACGACGAUUUUGAAAAGGACAAUUUCGAAACUAAGGAAGACAUUAGUGACGACUCUAGUGCUCAACACCACGGAGUCUUUGAAAAACCACCAAACACAGAAGAACAAUUUGACGAUGAGGCUGCUACUCCAACGUCGAGACCUCAUGAUGUUUGA